GAACGUCAUUGGUAUAUGUUCUUGCCAGUCCUGUUUGUUGGACGUACAGCUCUAUCGCAUGACGUAGAAACAUGGCGUUUCUGGUGAACGGUGAUGGUGUUUGGUUUUGCUAGCAAUUCGUAAAUUGCUUUAGAGGACCUCGUCUAAAUGCUAUGAUGAUACUUUUAAAAGCACGUGGUAGCAGUAGAGAGGAGAAUCGUGUUGCUGACAAAUGAAUUCGAACUGUGAAGUAAACCUGCUGGCUCUCGUUAGCUACCAGGCUAAUUUGUAACAACAGUCGCAAGCUAGCAUAGUUAGUUAGCUAGCUUGCUAACUACCUUCUUUGCUAGCUGGCUAGCUGGGCAGUAAAAAUAUAUUCAAUGAAGUCCUGGAGGUGCAGGCUUUUACACCUAAAAAAUUCUCCGCAUAGUAUGUGUGUUUUUCGAUAGACGUACAAAGAUUUGAUUGUUAUAGCUAGUUAGCUAGCUAUACGAAUUGUGACUGAAUAUUUUGGGAACUACCUGGAGAAGUCAAGCCUGGACAGGAUGGAGAGCCAUCAUGGAUGUUUGUUGUUGCUGGGGAUAUGGACUCUGCAGUUGACAACAUCGCUCGUUCAAUGUGUUCCACUGCCGUAUACAGACAGAGUGGCGUUGGGGGAGGAGGCCCUUCAGCUGUCUCUGCUGGUGUCUGUCUGUGCGCUGGUGGUGCUGGUCCUAGUGCUCUUCAACUGUGUCACCUGCUGCAAGGAACGGGAAAUCAACUUCAAGGAAUUCGAGGACAAUUUUGAAGAUGAGAUCGACUUCACCCCACCGGCCGAGGACACCCCCUCCAUGCAGUCCCCAGCAGAGGUGUACACUUUGGCCGUGCCCCCCGUCGCCAUGCCAGGACCACCCCAUUUAGACCUGCCUAGGAUUGCAGAUGGAUCAUCAGGCCCCCAUGUGGCUCGCCACAGCCUCAGUUACAUACAGGAGAUUGGCAGCGGCUGGUUUGGCAAGGUUCUCCUGAGUGAGAUCUAUGCUGACCUGGGCGCCUCCAGAGUGGUGGUGCAGGAGCUCAAGGCCAACGCCGGAGCCAAGGAGCAGAAUGACUUCCUCCAGCAGGGAGACCCUUACAGGGUCCUCCAGCACCCUAACAUCCUCCAGUGUCUCGGCCAGUGCGUGGAGGCCAUCCCCUUUCUGCUGGUCUUUGAGUAUUGUGAGCUGGGCGACCUGAAGAGUUACCUGGCUCAGCAGGACUGGCGCUAUGGGAAGGCUGAGCUGCUGCAGCUCCAGAGGAUGGCCUGUGAGAUCGCUGCCGGGGUCACCCACCUCCACAAGCACAACUUCCUGCACAGUGAUUUGGCCCUUCGAAACUGCUUUUUAACUGCUGACCUGAUGGUUAAAGUAGGAGAUUAUGGAAUCGGACCAUAUAGAUAUAAGGAGGAUUAUGUCACCACGGAGGAGGACCAGCUCGUGCCCCUGCGCUGGCUUGCCCCUGAGCUGGUGGGGGACCUGCACGGCGGUGUCAUCACUGCAGAGCAAACCAAGCCUGGCAAUGUGUGGUCAUUAGGGGUCACACUGUGGGAACUGUUUGAAAAUGCCAACCAGCCCUACCCUCACCUGUCUGAUAGAGAAGUGCUGAACCAUGUGAUCAGAGACCAGCAGAUCAAACUCUUCAAACCACAGCUGGACCUGCCCUAUUCUGAGAGAUGGUAUGAGGUGCUACAGUUCUGCUGGUUGCCUCCGGACAAGCGGGCCACGGCAGAGGAGGUGCACCGGCUGCUGACCUACCUUCGAAUGCAGGGCCAGAAGGACGUGGAGGACGACUUUGAGCAACGCUGGAAUGCCCUUCGGCCUAACCCGUGCACCCGUCAGACCACCGUCAGCCACUCCUCCUUCCCCAUCCUGGAGACUCUGGAUGAAGGCGGAGAGCCGGAUGAGGUGCUGACUGUCACCGAGACCAGCCGAGGCCUCAGCUUUGAGUACGUGUGGGAAGGGGCCAAGCACGACCACUACGACAACCACAACCGCUCUGCCAUGGACUCCACGCUGAACUACAACAGUGUGUUCUUUCCUGUGCCCAGCCAAGACAUCCACGCCCAUUUCCCUCCAUCUGUGGGAGAUUCAGGGCCACAGCGUGUCAGUCCUCCAACCCAAGGAGUGCCGGGUGUCUUGCCGGUGUUCGACUCCCAUGAGGUAGCCUCUGGGAAGGACUACUACAUCCAGCUGGAGGAGCAAGAGGACAGCACCACAGACUCCCAGGACCUGCAGGCCAAGGCCGAGGCACCUCCAGAGUCCCAGCAGUUCUUGAUACUGCAGGACUCCCGAAUGGACGAGUCGAGCACAGACGCGGACUUCUUUCAUGGAAGCAUUGACUCAAAGGAUUCGUUCAUGCCAGACAGCCACACUUGGUCUUCCAGUGAUCACGAGAGUCCUUUCCAUGCCAACAUAUUUAGUGAGGGCGACUCAAAACUAGAGGAGCCCUGUUCAUGGAGGACUGGUUUCCUGGAGCUUCCGGAUUUGAGCAACAGCAGUGGCUUCCAGCAGGGGAACUCUGCACUGAGCGAGAACCCAACCCCAACCCAGACCCCGACCCAGACCCAGGCUCAGAGCACAGAACAGAACAGCAAGCCUUUUUUAGGAGGGGAAGGGUUUAGAGACACUCUGCUGGAGGACUGUGAGGCGGGUGAUGCAGAUUUCAUGAGGCUCCUAAACACAGAGAAGCUUGCUGACAACUUCCUGUUUCUCAAGGAAAAGAGUUUGAUGAAGGAGAACCCAGAUUUGGAGAAAUUGGACCAGAAUGCCAACUCAGCUGGUAGUGUAAUCACAAGCAUUUUAGAAAGUGAUGAGGUCACAGACAGAGCAUCCAUACCUGUGGACACUGCAAAAUCUGUAGCAAAUGUUGCCCACCCAAAAGUGGAACUGUUUGACUUUUCAGGCUCCGAUUUUGGGGGGUUUCUGCAACCUUUAGGAAAUGAAACUCAGGUGCCUUCGAAAACCUUGCUUUCAGGAGAGACCUAUAACAACGCUUUGCCUCUCAGUAGUGGUUCUCCUAGUGAAAAACAUGCUCUGCUAGACUCUCCUGGAUCUGAGAUCAGUUCCGCUCUUGACUCUACCUCUCAGAGUGCACCGGCCCCUGUAGGUCCAGCCCCAGUAUGUCUGGUUACUGGUCCACUGUCCCCUGUGCUCAAUCAAAGUGCCACUCCAGAAAUGAUGUGCGCCGUUGCCAAAAUGCCUAGCAAUGAAGGAACUGUAGGACACUUUCAGGAUCUCACUCAACACAUAGGAACAGACUGUACAGAACUCAAUCAUGCCUCUUCCUUAGAACCCAUUGGCUUGUUAGCUGAAGACAAAGACCCAUAUAGUGCUGCCUCUUUGACGGACUCAGCUGUAGAUGUAGACAAAGGCUCGAACACAGAAACGGAUCAUCUACCGCAGUGCACUGACGAGGAGGGCAGCUUUGCAGAUGGUCUGUCUCAAGACAGGACCUCUCUACAGGUCUCAGAACCCUGUUUGGACCAGAUCAGUCAGGACAGCCUUUUGGAUGACAGCCUUUCUUCCCCACUGCCAACCAUGGAGAACUCUGCCGAGACGCCUGACUCCUUAGACUCUCUGGAUAUACACAGGCUUGGGGGUCAGGAGGAGACCCUCACAACCCCUGCCUCAAGCAAACUGCAGCCCCCUUACAAGACUGCAGACAGUGGCUAUGAGACAGAGAACCUGGAGUCUCCAGAGUGGAACUCUCAGCUGGUUCAGGACACCCCCUCCAGGGAAACCGAAGCGAGUGCCACGCCAGAAGCAUCCUAUGUGCCGUUGGUCCCCCCGGAGAUUGUUGUGUCAGAGGUUGAGAAUGGACAUCCUGUGGAAGAGGACGCACAGCGGGAUGAACACCAGGAGGAAGGUUCUGCUUCAGGGGAGGACACCUACACCGCAGGCAGCUACAGAGACUCGGCCUACUUCUCAGAUAACGAGUUGGAGACGGACCGGCGACCCGAGGAGGCAAACGGGGGGACACCCGCUGAGGCGCUGCUCAGCAACGCAAGUGAGACAGUGAGCCCUCAGGAGACUCCUCGCCAGGAGAUGCUUGAUUCACAGACUGGUACGUCACAAGACCUGUCUAACCAGGUGUCUGACCUUGUGGAUCCUAUGCUCCCGGAGUCCACAACAAAUGGUGUGCCUGAGCCUCUCCUCAGCUCAGAAGAGGACCGUGCUGAGGACAGACUGGUAUCUGCUGAUGCUCAGAAGGAAUCGCAGGAGACAGCUGGUGUCCCUGAUAGGUGUUCUUCUCCAGCAGUCUCUGGUGCAGUCUCAAAACCCUCAACGAAUGUCUCCUCCGGCAUCACUGAACCCCCUCCGAAAUCUCCGCUAGACAAUAUGGUCCACGCCAAGCUCACCAGAACAUUUGCUGGAGAAGUGCGCAGGAAGGAGCCGGACAGUGAGGGGAGAUAUCUGAGCCGUCGGGAUUCAGAGGACGGGCGCGAGGAUGGGAUGGACGCCGACGAGGAGGAUGAGAACAGCGAUGACUCAGAUGACGAGAGGCAUGCAUACCGCCUGCACAGCAGCAGCGAGGAGAGCGAGGACGAUGUGGAGCACCCGGUUCCUCUCAUCAUCUGCGAUAAUAGUGGUGCAAGCCACCUCAAGAGCCUGCUCAAGCCAACAUCGUUACAAGUAGACAAAACCUCAGCGGCAGACACCAGCGAUGCUGACAGCUCAAGAAGAGCCGUGUCCUUCUUUGAUGAUGUCACUGUCUUCCUCUUUGAUCAGGAGACUCCAACUAAAGAAUUGGGAGAUCACACUCUUGGUUCCAACAGUCAGGUGUCAGAAUUCAGCAGCCCUGCACAGUCUUCUGGUUACCUGAACAGGUUCACCAACUCUACUGAGAGUUCCACUGAUGAAGAAGGUGGUGGUUUUGAGUGGGACGAUGACUUCUCCUCACCCGAACCCUCCUUCCUCGCCAAGGCAGCCAGCGAUGUGGCGGCUUCCAAGUCCUCGCUCGUAGGUGCCUCGCGGUACUUCUCUCCACCCCCCCAGAACCGUGGCCCAGAGACCAGCUGGACUAGCGCCGCCUCCUCCUACUCCCGCUUCUCCAUCUCCCCAGCCAGCAUCGCCAACUUCUCUCUCACACACCUCACCGACUCAGACAUAGAGCAAGGGGGCAGCAGUGAAGAUGGGGAGAGGGACUAACAGGAGGUCGUCAUUGUGAGAAGCUGUUCUUGAGAGGACCUGAGUUUCCCUGACCUGUCUGACGGUGCAAACCUCUCCUCAGACAGUGCUUAAGACUGCUGGAAUCGGCUUCUGACCAAUCCCUUUGACCUCAAACACCACCACUUACACCCUCUCAGUCAAAAACACUCUCUCUCGUCUUCAUCCUACAGUGGAUAGGAUUCUUUUUAACUGAAAUGUGAUCCUUUGCAUCUCGGGUCAUUCUUCUGUCUGUGCAAUCCCUCAAGCAAUGAUGGAACGUUCUGCUGAAAGAGAUGGCAAGAAAGAAAGAAAAAACAGAAAGUGUUGAACUGUUCAAGAGCUUCCCCAGUGUCUUACCUGGUAUCUGUGUGCGCUCUACACUCUCUGUACUCACAUCUGUACACUUCGCUGCAGAUAUCUGCUUCAGACGUUGACGGUUGGACUCAAGUAAUCCCCGUCAACCCACCGACACUUGUAACACUGUACACUCAAGCUACUAGGUAAUAGGGAUUUCCUGUCAUCUGUGAGUUGCCUUUUCCUCUGAUUUAGAUGUUUUUCCCCAUUGGAAGCCCAAAAUUGAGGCUCUAAAACUCUGCUUUCACUUGAGCCUCAGUAUUGGUGUGAGUGUUCUUUUCUACUUCCUGGGUUAGGCUGCAGUGUCAUAAUGGAACACUUUAUUGCAUUGGACUGCAGCCUUCUGUCACCUCAUGAGAUGAGACACUGUGGAGGCCCAGCCACAGGACUGUAAUGGAGCACAAUGUGGUCCUAGGUUCUGAUGUUAUUCGUUCUGUUGCAGUUUUAACCCACAUUCAGUGGACACUCAUAAGAUACCCCGCAUUCAGCUAUGCUGAGGAUCUGAACUUCCAUGUACUGAACCGAGCCUAACCUCCACGCCACCUCGCAUUGCCCCACAUCAGUGGAUCUGCAUUGUGCCUACACCGUUAUGCCCCCCUCCCUCCCCCCAAUUCACACUCGCAUACACACUCCACAUUUUAGAAACCAAACCACUAACCUGAUGGAUACCAUGCCAUAUGCUGAAAGACUUAGAGGACAGAUGAUUUGUUUUCAAUACGAGAAUGUAAUAUGAAUUGUGUUCAUAUAUACUGUAAAGCCAGGGGUACAAUGAGGAUUAGUUUGAUGCUUUCAAACAGUCCUGCUGUAGGAGUUCAUGUUAAAGCUUCCCUUUUCUUUCUGCGGUGAGAUCAAAAGGGAAUUGGUUAGGGAGCAAGAUUUCUUCUGUCUUUCCCAUGUAAAUCACGCUAUUUAUGCUGAAGGACAAAACAUUUUAAAUCUCAAGUUUAUUCUGAGCUUUCAAAUCAGAAUAGAGAGGUGGAGGGCACUACUAUUGUAGAGCUUUCUAUAAAAUGUCCUAUUUUAUUUAACUUUUGACAACCAAUUUUCACUACAGGUGAAAUUGGGGUAUCCCCCCCCCCCCCCCCUCAAUGGUGAAUCAUUUCAUUGGGGGUACAUAUUUAAUUGAUAAGAAAUUGUAAGCAAAUAAGCUGAUUUUUCUAUUAUCUUGGUUGAAAACUCGAUUUAAUUAAUAAUUUAUCUCGACACGGCUGCCAUAUAGUUGUGUUAUGGAGACUGAAUGGUGACUGGGGUUGGAGUAGAUCUGCUGAAGUAGUGGGUGGAUGGCCUUUGUGUAUUUCACAGACAGCAGUCCCAUAUUUGAGCAAACCUACAUCCGUAUUACCAGCAGUCUCUGAGUUGAAUUUUAUUUAAGGAAAUUCCUGUUUUUUUUUUUUCUCCAGUGUACAUUGCUUAAUAUUGCACAUCUGAAAAGUGUAACUUAAAUGUUAAACUGUACUCAUGUAUAUAAAUGUUUAAUUUUGUCUGUACAUUGGGAAUGGUGUAAGCUCUAGUUUGAGGAUUCAAUUUGUAAUUUAAGGUGAAAUAAAUGACGACAUAUCAUGGUUUUGAAUGUGACAAGAAAGACAUUUAAAUUAAUGACAAUGACCAGAAGAUGCAGUCCUGCUGUAUCUGUAUGCGUAACUUGUAAAUUAAAAAAAAAUUGUGCUAUUUUUACUUAAUAUUGAUGAUCCUGCUUAGUGUAAUUGAAUGAAUUGUUUAUAAUUACACUGUUUAAUAUGGAAAUAAAUGAAAAUGUACUUCUGCA